UUCGAUUCAAGAUGGCGGCAGAAGAAGAGAACGUUCCAUCCAACACUGUAGAAGAACCACUAGAUUUGAUACGACUGAGUUUAGAUGAGAGAAUAUAUGUUAAGAUGAGGAACGAUAGAGAGCUCAGGGGAAGACUGCACGCAUUUGAUCAGCAUCUAAACAUGAUCAUAAGUGAAGUAGAAGAGACUAUAACGACUGUAGAAAUCGAUGAAGAAACAUUUGAAGAACUAUUUAAAACAACCAAAAGAAACAUACCAAUGCUGUUUGUCAGAGGAGAUGGUGUUAUUCUUGUUUCACCACCAUUGCGAGUCGGACUGUAGACUUAUUUGUAUAAAAAAUUCUUUUUUUCCUACUUUUACUUUGUAAACUUUUCUUCAAGUUAACAUAAAAUACUUUAUUUCCCUGUACAUUAAAUUUUUAGACUUCAAAAUAUCUAGAUCAGACAGCAAAUACUCUKUAUGUUUUUGUAUAUUAGUUAAUGGUGAAAUAUGUUUACAUACAUGUCAGAAUUAUAACUCCUUUAUGUGUACUGGUAUUUAAGACCCUAAUAGUGAGACACAUUAAAAUAAUUAUGCAUUAAUAAAAGAAAUUUGGUACA